AUGGGCUCAAUUAUCAGGACCAGGCAAUUAGAGACAUUGCUGAGAGUGAGACUCAAUCUCACACGGCCAUUAUCUCGGUCUGUGUCGAGCUCGGUAUCCAAAAGAUCUCCUAAUCCACCCUCAGGAGGUGCGAAACCCCCAAAACCCCAAUCAAAUGCUGAAUCUAAUAGACAAUCUUCCAAAUCCAAUGGAGGCAUAUUAUUAACAUUGGCAGUAUCUGGAAUAGUAGGGGCAGGUUCAUUCUUCGCCGCUAAGUCUUUAUAUCAAUCUGAACAGCGAGUUAGUUCCAUUGAAAAGAAAUGGGAUGAACCAAAAUAUGGCGGUAAAGAGGAAUUUCAUCGAGCCCUCCCAGAGCUAAAAGCUAUUCUUGGAGAAGAUGGUGUGUCAAUUGAUGAUGAAGAUUUGAAAGCGCAUGGAUAUUCAGACUGGUCUACGUAUAAUAUUGAGACAAAUCCUAUAGCUAUUGCAUAUCCCAAAUCCACUGAAGAAGUCUCGGAAAUUGCUAAAGUAUGCCACAAGUAUAAGCUCCCAAUGAUUGGAUUUUCAGGAGGCUCCAGUUUGGAAGGAAACUUCUGUGCUCCAUAUGGAGGUGUUUGCAUUGACUUUGUUCACAUGAACAAAAUCGUUGAAAUCCGUCCUCAAGACAUGGAUGUGACCGUCCAACCUGCAGUCGGAUGGAUGGCACUUAAUGAGGAACUAGCGAAAGAAGGCCACAACUUGUUUUUUGCCGUAGAUCCUGGUCCAACUGCAAAAAUUGGUGGUAUGGUUGGUACUUCUUGUUCAGGUACCAAUUGUGUAAGAUAUGGUCCCAUGAGAAACCAUAUUGUAAAUUUGACUGUGGUCUUAGCCGAUGGCACAAUAAUUAAAACCAAAAGAAGACCAAUGAAGUCAUCUGCUGGAUACAAUUUGAAUCAUCUAUUUUGUGGAUCUGAAGGUACCCUUGGACUAGUUACAGAAAUCACUCUAAAAUUACAUACAGUUCCUGAACAAACUAGUGUUGCAGUUUGUGCCUUCCCUACUGUACAAGAUGCAACUGCAACUGCUACUGAUAUUAUUCGAGCUGGUAUUCCUGUUCAUGCUAUAGAGCUAAUGGAUGAUGUUCAAAUGAUGUGUGUUAAUAGAGCGGGCUAUACCUCGCGUAAAUGGGAUGAGAAGCCUACUGUUAUGUUCAAGUUCUCUGGCUCAAAAGCUUAUGUAAACGAACAAAUCCAGCAGGCAAAGGCAAUUGCCAAACUUCACCAAGGUGUUCGAUUUGAGUUUGCAAAUGGAAAGGAAGAGCAGCAUCAGCUUUGGUCUGCUCGUAAAGAAGCUCUCUGGUCAGCCAUGGCUGUCGGACCCCCCAACGGUAAGGUCUAUUCUACGGAUGUGGCCGUGCCGCUCUCACGUUUGGCAGAUCUUGUAAUGAAUACUAAGAAAGAUCUUGUUGAGUCCGGUCUUUUUGGUGCGUGUCUGGGACAUGUUGGUGAUGGAAAUUUUCAUGCCUGUAUCAUCUAUGAUGAAAAGGACUAUGAAAAGGCUCGGAAAGUCGCUACAGAUAUCGUACAUAAGGGUCUUGAAUUAGAAGGUACUUGCACGGGAGAACACGGUAUAGGAGCAGGAAAAGUUCAUUAUCUUGUCGAAGAACUCGGUCCCGAUGCUGUCCAAUUAAUGCGGACUAUAAAACUUGCUUUGGAUCCCAACGAGCUUCUAAAUCCCGGUAAAAUAUUUACCAAAGAAGCUCUUGAGGCCGAAUCUCACUAA